UUUUUUUCUUUUAAAAUAAAAAUUUCCGGGUAUUUUCCCAAAUCACUCUCUCAAUCAAAUCUCUUCGCCAAAUCAUCCUUCUUCGUUUUCUUUCGAAAGCCCUAAUUUCGCAAGGCGCUCCCUUUUCAAACCCUAAUUUGUGAGGUUCGCAUCUGCUGCGCGAGUUCGUCCUUGGAUCUGAUGGCAACUAAGCCAAUAACAACUGAAGCAAUUGCGCUCACAGAAAAGAAAAUGGAUAUGACUCUUGAUGAUAUAAUCAAGAUGUCAAAAACACCAAGUUCCAAAGAGAAAAAAGCUCCCAGGCGUCCGAUUAAAAGCCAAGGGUUCCUGAAUAGAAUUGCUUCUCAACGUCCCAGCAGAGUUCAGCAUUUCAUGGAUUCUAGAGCAUCAAUUAGACAGGGUGUACUUGCACAGAGAAGGUCAAAUUUUCAUGGAAAUCAGUUGGGAAAUCAAUUUCCAUUAACUACUAAUGCUGCAAGGAGGGCUGCUGUCAUGCCUAUUCGCAGUAUGGCCACCAACUGGAACAAACCGAGGUUUGCCCCUGUAACCGCGCAGAGGAAGGCUGCUGACGCUGGACCUUCUGGAAAGGAUGUAGCAAUGGUAUAUCCCAAGCAGAGGCCACAGACCUUGGAUGCACUGUUUGCAAAUAUGAAGGAGAACAGGAUGAGAGGGAUCUCAUCAUCUCAGCAACAGACCUUCCGUGGGGACGACAACCGCCAGAUUCCACAGAGGCGUAUUUCCCGUCAGCAACAUCAACAGAGACAGCAGGUGCGAGGCGAUAGAGGUCGAGUAUUUCCCGGGCGAAGGUCAGGCAAUUAUGCCAAAUGAUGGAUUUGUGAGCCGUUUAAGUUUCCUUGCUUGAAGUGUAGCUUUGUGUUGUUUUUUUUCAUUUUUCGGUCGACUUCUGCAAGGUAGCUGUGCGUUUGUUAGCUUUGUUUCCAACUGCAAGAACUAUUGCUGCGUGCUGUUGGUUUGAGCUGCUGCUUGUAUAUAUUCUUUUCAUCUGGUUGAACUGCUGAGCAACAUGACUUAAAUCUGGUUCUGGUUCUUGCCAGCAUC